UCGGAAGCUGUUCGGGAGGAAGCAGAAGGAUGUCACUGCAGUCGUUGUUGGUGCCUCUUUUCAAACUGUACUUGUGCGGAGUUAAAGUUCUUCUAUAUCAAAUAUUCAACCGCUCUUUUACUCUACCAGGUUCUCGAUAAGAGAAGCCAUCCUGGUGGACUUUUUACCUAAGGAGCCAAUGGAGGGUAAAAGUUCAGGACCUUCAUGCUCUGGCCUCAAUCUGGUUGCACACCCACGGGCAAAAAGCAAAGUCUGGAAGUACUUUGGCUUUGACACAGAUGCAGAUGGCUGUAUAUUGCACUGGAAAAGAAUAUACUGUCGUGUAUGUAUGAGCCAAAUUGCUUAUUCUGGAAACACCUCAAACCUGUCAUACCACCUGGAAAAGAACCAUCCCGUAGAGUUCAGUGAGUUUGUGAAAAGCAACACAGAGGCUUUUGUCACAGUGUUCUCUAGAAUAAAGACUGAGCCCACCGUUCCACAGCAGCAAUCCCAGGAAACCAAUGUAAGGCAGAGCUUAGACUACGAAAACAGACGACACAAUGAUUUGACGGUGGCUAUUACCAACUUCAUCUGUGAGGGGUUAUAUCCUGUAUGUGUGGUUGAAGAACCUACUUUCAAGACCUUAAUGAAUACCGUCGACCCUGGAUACUCUCCCCCAAGCAAAAGUGACCUUGUAGGUAAAAUGGUUCCUCAAGUGUAUUGCCGUACCCAUAAUGUGGUCUUUAAUGAGCUUACUGGGGUUGUGAACUGUGGCAUCUCUACAGAUCUAUGGCAAAGUCAAACCCAGAAUAGAACAUAUAUUUCACUCUCUGUGCAUUCAGUUAAUUACAACAGUACAACUGGCUUUUCAAUGACCAACAAAUGCCUUAAAACUUUUGAAGUACAAGAGGACAACACAGCUGAGAAUAUCACCAGAGCCAUGUACGAAGCCUUUGUUGAAUGGGGGAUAACUCAUAAAGUCAUUGGGGCCACCACAAAUGGUUCAGUCGAUAUUGUGAAAGCAUGCUCCCUCCUGGAUCUGUCAGUGGAAAUGCCCUGCCUUGGGCACACGGUAAAUCAUGCAAUGGAUGAAGCCUUCCAGCUGCCGCGAGUCGACAGCUUUCUGGGAUGUUGCCGCAAACUUGUUGAUCAUUACAGAGAAUCUGCAAUGAAUAUACUACGAGAAAAACAGAAACAGCACGGCCUUCCUCAGUGUACACUCAUCACCGACAGGGGCAGGUCUUGGUUAGCCACACUGGCAAUGCUACAAAGACUGAAAGAGCAACAGGUUGCUGUAAGUACAACACUCAUAGAGAGUUCCAGUAGCCAUCAUUUUAGCUUCAGUGGUUCUGAAUGGGCCUUAUUGGAGGGCUUGAUUGAAGUCCUCCAGCCCUUUAAAGUUGUGGCAAACAUGUUCACUUCUUGUAGGUAUCCAACCAUUAGCAUGGUGAGACCUGUCCUUCAUAUGCUGUUGAACACCACCCUCAAAAUUAAGGAAGGGGACCUCAAAGAAAUCAGCAUGACCAAAGAGGUCAUCUCCAAGGUCUUGUCAACCACUUAUUCACAGAAUUCACAGUUAUCACAGGAGAUCUCAACGUUCCUCAACGUUGCAACAUUUUUGGAUCCUCGUUAUAAGAAGCUGCCUUUCCUUUCCACUCAGGAACGCUCCAAAGUUGAGAGUAUUAUUACUGAGGAGGCCAAAGCACUCCUGGAGAAGCAGAUGUCAGAGCGGUCAUGUCUCGAUGAUUUCUCUUCGGUGUCUGAUGAGCCACCUUACAAAAAGCAGAGACCUCUAAAUGAAUCUUCUGCCAGUGCUUCAGUUCAAGAUAACCCUUUGGCUGCCAUAUUUUGCCAGACAGAUGCAGACCAGAGCCAGGAGGAGCUGCAUGCUCAGAUAAUAGAGGAGCUGAGCAACUACAAGUCACAGAGGGUUCUAGGUCUGAAUGAAGACCCUUUGCUUUGGUGGUCGAACCAUGCACCUUUGUUCCCAACGCUUCCUAAGGUGCUCCAAAAGUAUUGGUGUGUUCCUGCCACAAGCGUUCCAUGUCACAGGUUGUUCAGCUCAUCAGGUACCGUUCUUUGUGGGAAAAGGAACCGCAUAGUUCCAGCUCUAGUAGAUAUGCAGGUUUUCCUGUAUGAGAACUCACGGAGUUACUGUGAGCCUGAACCGUGUGAGGACGAAUUUGACAAUGUUUGGGAGAGCAACUGUAGCCUGGGUCAGCCACUAAAGUGACUGAGGUUUUAAGGAACUUUAAUGACUUGUAUAUUAUGUGUUACGGGUGCUAACACAUGAAAACCCACCGGUGGCAUGAAAACCUAAGGAUCCUUUAUAACUGUUUUGGCCUUUAUUGCAUAUGGAAUACUUUGACUGUUAACUUCAUAGCUGUUUAACUGUUGCAUAAGAAAGAAACUGCUGGAAUCACAUUUCCCCUCUACAGAGCUGAUUUUCAAGAUCUGUGCAGAAACUGUACUUCAUUAAAAUGAAGCAGAGGAUCAACCUGAAAUAUUAUAACAGAGGAACAGAUUUAUCAUUUAUAUAGUAAUAUUGUGUGUUAUAUUUUGCUAUAAAUGUUUAUUAGCUGUUUAUUAUAAUAGAACUCCUACUUACAUCAGCUGUGGAUGAGCAGAGUGGUAUAAAAUGAAGCCAGAGUAUUUUUGCAUUAGAUGGGUCACAGCCUAAAACCCCUGCCAGAUAUAGAGGGUAUCACAGCUAUCUUAAUUGGGUUUUUCUGGAUACAUUUGAUGCAAAUUGAACCUUUGACCAGGACCCACUCCAGAAGGCGCAGAACCCCUACAGCUCAGGGGACUGUGGCAUAUAUUAUAGCUUCUUUGGGCUAAGUCUGGUUGGGUCCCAUGGGCUCAGGCACCAGACGCUUGACCUCAAGCUUCUAACCUGCCUCCAGUGUGGGACCCCGGUAACCCUGUACUGGGCAUAGUAAAC